UUUCCCGCCAGCGCCAAACUUUCCCUCCAAAGGCACGUCCUUCCCUCUUCUUCUCUUAUCUCUCAAACCCUAAUUCCAUUGCUUCCGAGCUCAGCUAGAGACAUAAACAGUAUUACAGUAACCGUAUUCAAAUUCAAAGAGGAAGAGAAGAAUGACAGCAUUAGACGAAUCUUCUAUGAGAGAGCCGUUAACGUCCGUCAAGAUUCAUCCUCGUAAGAGAAAGAAAAGCUGUCGAUCAUCGCCCAAUCCCAACUUAUUUACCUCUGUUUUCACACGCAGCAGGUCUCGCAUAUUUCAUCACCAGAACCGCUCCGGAUUCUCGAGACCCGACCCGGUUACCAGAAAACCCAUUCCCGCGAUGGAAUCAGUGGAAGCGUUUCUGGACGUGAAUUGCCGCAGUGCUUCGCGGAUUCUAUUGACUAAAGAUCUUAGGCAUAAGAGGGUUUACAGUCCAAGCGUCAAUUCAGUUGAAGAAGAAAUUGAGGAGAAUAAUGAAGAGCAGAACAAGUUGUUGAAGGGUUUUGAUUCGAGCACGGUCCCGGAUGUCGAUGAUGCGAAGGAGUACGAGCUUGGAACAUCUGGGUUCAUGAGAUCGGAGGUGGGGGAUGAAAGAAUUGAUGGGGCAAAUGGUCUGAAAUUGAAAGAUCAGAUAAUUCAUGGAAACGGCUCUCUUCCCAAAAUGAAAACGGCUCUUAAUGGUUGUCAGAGGAGGAAGGUUUUCAAGACUCCGAAUUCAUUCAGUUAUAGAAGAUUGCUUCCGCAUUUAAUGGAUAUUGUCAACGAUACCUCUAAUGUAGGUGUUUCCAAAAUUGAAUUAGUAGAUGCUGGAAGUCUAUCUAGAUUUCGAAAGUUGGAUGGUGCCAGUUUUGAACCGAGGUCUAUUGCUGAGAACAGUUAUGCAGCCAAAACUGAGUGUGUUGCUCCUCAGUUUAAUAAUUCAAGAAAAGUUCAUAUAAAAGUUUCCACCAUUCAGCUAGAUUCGAGUGGUGUGGAUAAUGAACUGGAUCGGACUGCAGAGACUAUUAAACCUCUAGAAGUGAAGGAAAAAAGUCAUCAGAAUGAUAUGAAUGGAGUUGAUGCAUCAGUAGAAGAAAGUAUUCAGACAACCCCUCCUGAUCCUGGUAUCCUUGGGAAAACAGAGGUUUGUCGUGGCAGAGAAUCUGCGGAUGCUAAGAAUAACCUAACUUUCAUUGGGUUGCCAGUUGGCAGUGAGAAGAACAGCAGCAGUGGCGCCUUGAAGCAGAGUCCAGAUACCAAAUGUGGCGCUAACUCGAUGAACAAAACGGUUUUGAAUCCAUGUUCCCGACUGAGGCUCUUCAGGAAUCCCAGGUCAGUCAGUUACAGAAGACUGCUUCCGUUUCUGAUGGACAUAUCCAAAACUGAUUCCUGUACCACAACGAAGCCUCAGAAAAAAUUGCCACAGGUUGUUUCGGAAGAAGAUAGACAUCCAGCUCCUGCUAUCAUUGCCGUAAACGAUUUUGUAAAUGAUACUCCAAAAGAAAAAAUCGGCGAGAAAAUAUACGAUGGAGAUAGAAUCCAAACUGCCUCAGAUGGUUCAUCUCCUGAUAGUAAUAAUAAUCUGGUUUCAUCAAUUCCAGAGUUACCUGCCACCAACUAUUCAUCAAAUAUUGAUCCUAGGUUUGUUAAUUCUGUGAGUAGUUCAGUCUCAGAACCAUCGUCGGUUAUCAGUUACAUUCAGACCAAGCAAUGUACUCCUGGAGAGCCUAGGUCAGUUGAGAAACAAAAUAUGUGCUUGAAUAUGGGAUUAGAACUUAGUAAUGGCAAUACCGAUUCAAGUGAAAUAGUUAAUUUGAAGCAACACUCUCCCCAAAUCAACACAUUGUAUCAUUUGGAUGCUUUGGUUCCUCCUAAAAACAGGCCUUUCAAGGGAAUACUAAAGAGAAAUCGACGAGGCUGCAGAGGGUUAUGUAAUUGCUUGAAUUGUGCUUCUUUUCGUCUUCAUGCUGAAAGAGCAUUUGAGUUUUCAAGGAACCAGUUGCUCGAUGCGGAAGAAGUUGCAUCACAGUUGAUGAAAGAACUAGCAAAUGUUCGUCUUUUAUUGGAGAAAUCCAUCAUUGAAACAGAUGAUUCUGCUAGCAUCCGACCCCAUCCAGUUCUUAUAAAACAAGCCUGCAGUAGAGCAAUUGAAGCGGAAACUCUGGCAAAGGAGCGUCUUGGUGAAUUGAACAAUGAUCUUAGUGUUCAUUGCAGAAUCCCAGACUUGCUGCAGCCCAAGGUAACGUUUGCUCAUAACAAUCAAUGAAGGGAUGAUACACAGUUAGAUCCAUCAAGUAGCAGAGAAGGUUCUACCAGAAGUCAAGAACUAAUGUGUUGCUAGUUGUAUUUGAGCUAAGUUGUUUCUGCAUUAUGAUUCAGAGUGAUCAUGCUUGCUGAGACGAGCCUUCCCUUUACAUUGUAUCACAUUUGCAACAAUUGAUUUCUGUAUCCAAUUGAGGCAUUGGUGUGUGAUCUUAUGUGGUAAGAAUCUAAGCGUUCCACUAGAUUCUAAACGAGUUAUAUACAUAUGUUACGCGCUCUAUGUAAUGAACGAAAUCUUCUACUACUGUCCUUGAGAGAAGUUUUUUACUACUAUUUAUAGUAUAAAUACUUGCUUAA